UCCCUAGUUUUCCUCUCUUCUCUACCAAGUCCUCAUUUCAUAUAUUUUUUGGGGAUCAGAGGUUUGCAGGCAUGGCGGACGAAAAACUACAAGCAAUAUCAAGAACAUUAAGAUCUAUCCAACCAGCCCAUUACUUAUUCAGGGUAGAGUCUAUGUCAGUGCUUCUGGACACGAGCAUUGAAAAAUAUGAAUCAGGGUCAUUCGAAGUGGGUGGCUACAAAUGGAGAUUGUGUCUCUACCCAAAUGGGAAUAAAAGAAGUGAUGGGGACGGUCACAUCUCCCUCUAUUUAGUAAUAUCAGAUACUCAAAAUCUUCCUCUCGGGUGGGAGGUUACUGUAAGCUUCAAAUUGUUUGUCUUUAAUCAUAUACAUGAAGAGUACUUAACUGUCCAAGAUACUGAUGGGAAGGUAAGGCACUUCAAUGUGAUGAAGACUCAAUGUGGGUUUGCUCAGUUUCUUCCACUGGAUGUUCUCACGGAUCCUUGUAAUGGAUACUUGAUGGAUGACUCCUGCAUUUUCGGAGCAGAAGUUUUUGUUAUUAAGUAUAGUGGCAAAGGGGAGUGUCUUUCCAUGAUAAAGGAACCUGACGAUGGUACUUUCACUUGGAUGAUUGAGAAUUUCUCCAGACUGAAACAGGAAGCCAUUUACUCUGAAAUAUUCACUGUUAAAGAUUUCAAAUGGAAGUUGGCUCUCUACCCCAAAGGAAAUUAUAAGGCAAAGAACAAAAGCCUGUCCCUCUUUCUAGAGCUGGCUAAUCGUGGAACACUUCAUCAUCAAAGGAAAUUGUAUACUCAAUUCGAGUUGUUGGUAAAGGAGCAAUGCGAUGGUGGACAUGUUAAACCAUCGCAUGUUAAAUUAAAUGGUCAGACUUGGUUCUCUGACUCGAUCAAAGAUUGGGGUUUUUCUAAUAUGAUCUCUCUGAGUGAUCUCAAGGACAAAUCCAACCACUUCAUAUUAAAUGAUACUUUGAUAGUCGAAGCAAAGAUUAUGCUCAUGAUGCAUUCGAAGAAUAUCUAAUGAUGCAUUCAAAGGAGAUCUCUACUUACAAAAGCAUGAUGCCCUUAUUCUAAAAUAAAUUAUGUUCAUACCACUGCUUUAACUCCUGGCAUGGUUGCCUUGUUUGGUUUAAGUUGAAAAUUAUAUUUCACUUC